CUACUUUCCAUCUCAUUUCACAUAACAAUUAAGAUUCCCUCAUAUAAACCCAAUUUUCCCACUCACCACCAUCUCUUUACUCCAAAACAUGCCAACCUCUAUACCUUUCUUUUUCUUCAUCUUCUCUCUCCUCCAAAUCUCCAUACAAACACACUCUUUCCCAACCUCCUCUAAACUAGAACAAAGAACCUUCAUUAUUAGAGUUAACAACCAUGCUAAACCAUCUAUAUUUCCUACACACCAUCAUUGGUAUCAAUCUUCCUUAAACUCUCUUUCUUCAAACCCUACUAAACAAAUCCUUCAUACCUACGACACCGUAUUUCAUGGCUUCUCCGCCCACCUUACUAACUCCGAGGCCAAUCUCCUCUCCAAACAACCCCACAUUCUUUCACUUAUACCGGAACAGCUCCGGUCUAUCCAUACAACCCGAUCCCCACUCUUCCUUGGCCUCGAAUCCACCUCUACUAGAUCCAACACCACCUCCUUACUCGAGGAAUCUGAUUUUGGGUCGGACCUCGUAAUCGGUGUCCUCGACACCGGUAUAUGGCCCGAACAUCCAAGCUUUAACGAUCGUAAUCUUAGCCCUAUCCCAUUAAAAUGGCGUGGCUUUUGCCCACGUGAUUUCCAGUGUAAUAAAAAGAUUAUUGGCGCCAAAUUUUUUUACGAAGGGUAUGAGGCUACUAACGGUAAAAUGAAUGCUACUACGGAGUUCCGCUCUUCGCGGGACUCCGACGGACAUGGGACUCACACGGCAUCUAUUGCCGCUGGGAGGUACGUAUUCCCGGCCGAUACCCUCGGCUACGCUAAGGGUGUUGCGGCCGGGAUGGCCCCGAAAGCGAGACUAGCUAUAUAUAAGGUAUGCUGGACGUCAGGGUGUUAUGACUCUGAUAUACUGAAAGCAUUUGAUGAGGCGGUUAAAGAUGGAGUUGAUGUUAUUUCUUUAUCAGUUGGAGGAGUAGUUGUUCCAUAUUAUCUUGAUUCUAUAGCUAUUGCUGCUUUUGGAGCUGUACAAAAUGGGGUAUUUGUGUCGGCGUCGGCGGGUAAUGGUGGGCCCGGCGGGCUGUCGGUUACGAAUGUGGCACCAUGGGUGACAACUGUUGGUGCUGGAUCAAUUGAUAGGGAUUUUCCUGCAGAAGUUGUGUUGGGGAAUGGAAGGAGGGUUAGUGGGGUGAGUGUUUAUAACGGGCCCGGGCUUGAGCCCGGGAAAUUGUACUCGAUUGUGUAUGCGGGUAGUAGGGAAGGAGAUGGAGAAGGUGGGGAGGGAUAUUCGGCUUCGUUGUGUUUGGAUGGUUCGUUGGAUCCGAAUUUAGUUAAAGGGAAGAUUGUGUUGUGUGAUAGAGGGGUUAAUUCUAGAGUUGCUAAAGGACAAGUAGUGAAAGAUGCUGGUGGAAUUGGUAUGAUUCUUGCUAAUGCUGUUUUUGAUGGAGAAGGUUUAGUGGCUGAUUGCCAUGUUUUACCCGCUAUCGCCGUUGGUUCCGCCAACGGCGAUGUUAUCCGCAGGUACAUUGCGGAUAAUUUGAAGAGGUUUUCCUCGGGCCCAACGGCGUCUAUAAUAUUCCGUGGGACUCGGGUUGGGGUGCGGCCUGCUCCUGUGGUGGCCGCGUUCUCGGCCCGAGGACCUAACCCGGAAACCCCGGAGAUACUCAAGCCGGACUUGAUUGCUCCCGGGUUGAAUAUCUUGGCUUCUUGGACCGAGCGAGUUGGCCCGUCGGGCCUGGCGGUGGACAGGCGGCGGGCUGAGUUUAAUAUAUUGUCGGGUACGUCGAUGGCGUGCCCGCAUGUUUCGGGCCUUGCGGCGUUGUUGAAGGCGGCCCACCCUGAGUGGAGCCCGGCGGCUGUUCGGUCCGCCUUGAUGACGACGGCCUACACCAUUGACAACCAAGGCGGUGUCAUGAAGGACGAGUCUAGUGGCAACGAGGGUACGGUGAUGGAUUUCGGGGCGGGCCAUGUCCACCCUCAAAAGGCCAUGGACCCGGGUUUGGUGUAUGACAUUACAACUUAUGACUACAUAGACUUUCUUUGCAACUCCAAUUAUACUAUUGACAACAUUGAGCUAAUAUCCCGGAAAAAGGCUGAUUGCCGGGGCGCGAAACGGGCGGGUCAUGUGGGUAACUUGAAUUACCCUUCAUUGUCAUAUGUUUUUCUACAAUAUGGAAAACAUAAGAUGUCUAGUCAUUCCAUCCGGAUUGCCACUAAUGUAGGGGAUCCGGACUCGGUUUAUCGGGUCAAGAUCCAUCCACCCACGGGCACACUCGUGACCGUAGAGCCCGAGGAGCUAAGCUUUAGACGGGUCGGGCAGAAACUCAACUUCUUAGUUCGGGUUCAAGUAGAAGCCAUAAAACUAUCAGCCGGAUCCUCCAUCACAAAAAGUGGAUCAAUAAUAUGGUCUGAUGGGAAACAUACUGUGACUAGUCCUUUAGUUGUAACAAUGCAGCAGCCACUGUAGAUUUUUGUAUCAUUUUUUUUGUCUUCUGCAACUUUUUAAAACUAUUACUUUUUGGCUCAAAGUUAUAGAAGUUUGGUGUACUCAGAAAAGAAAAAGAAAAAAAAGAGUUCAAGUGUGAGUAUUAUUAUGAGCAUCUCUGCAGGGUGUUUUCCACUUCAGAAAACAAGUGAAUGAGGAGGAGGAUCCUUGUUGUUGUAACUUGUAAGAGAAUCUGCAAUAAUAUUAGUAUAUUAAUUUUGUAAUUAUA